AGCUGUCGUCAUGAUGAAAUUCACAUAACGUCGUACGUGGAAUUUGAGAGUAUAAAAAUACACACACAAAUUAAUUGACGUAAAAAAAAGAGCAAAAAAAAAAAAACACAAAAAUCAUAAUCAAUUUAGUAGUGAUUAAUUAAUUGAUUUAUAAUAAUUUUAAUAAUGAAUAAUAUUGUGUUAUUAAUUGGAUAAUAAUGAUUGGUAUUUAAAAUAUAAAAAAUAAUAAAUUAAAAAAUAAAAAACAUGUGGAAUAAAUUGACCCUGUUGUUGAUGAAAAAUUUCAUAAAAAUAAUAUUUGUAAAUUGUCCUUGAAAAAUAUUGAUUUUUAUAUUUCGAUCUUGUGGAUCUCAUUUGGAUUGUUAAAUUUAUUGUGGAAAUAUUCGAGAACAAUGCCAUCAACUUGUGGUGAUACUCAAGAUGUAUCUGUUUUAACAGUACAUACAAAUGCUCUUGAUGGUGUAUCAAGUACAGACAGCAUUGGUACUCACAGUGAUGUAUCAUGUAACACAACAAUACCUGUAAAGCAAAAAAUUCAAGUUGUCUGUAUAAUUGAUCUUCAACAAAAUGAAAAUCAAUAUCAACGUAAACGUGCCCUGGAAGAUAUCAAACAAGCAUGUUUAUUAAUAAAUGCAACAUUAAAUUACGUACAAUUUGAAAAAUUAGAUUUUGGUGAAACAAAUGUACUGGAUACAUUUUACAAUGCUGAUAUUGCUGUUGUUGAUUUGAGUAUACAGUUACAACAAUCAGCCCUAUUUUAUCAUCUUGGUGUACGUGAAAGUUUUGGUAUGAAAGAAAAUAUAUUAUUAUACAAUGACAUUGACAAUGAAGCAACAAUUAGACUUAAAUUAUCAUGUGGUAGCUACACAUUUGUCUCAUACAAAUUACUGGAUUGUGGUAAUUGUGUUACAACAAAUAUAUCAACAACAACAGCAACAUCAACAACAACGACAGCAACAACAACAACAACAACAGCUGCACAACGUACAAAUAAUAACAAUGAUGACAACAAUGAUAUUAAACAAAGUUUAACAUUAAAAUUAAAAAAAAUAUUUCAAGAUGUUGAAGUACAAUCAAAAGCUCAUAUGAAAGAAAAAUUUUUAUCUGAUUUACGUAAAGCACGUGAAUUAUAUAGUGGUGAAGAGCUAGCAAAAGUGCUAAAUAACAUGAGAAUACGUCUUGAUGAUCCAAAUGUAUUAUCUGGUGAAGUUAUAUUAAAUAUGUUGAUAUCAUUUCGUGAAAUACAAGGCUAUGAUGCAAUGGUGCAAUUAGUUGAUGAUUUACGUACAAUACAAAAUCAUAAAAAUUAUAUAAAUACACCAAUGAUAUGUUAUUUAUAUGGUUUUGCAUUAAGUAGAAGAAAUAAAGAUGGUGAUCGUGAACGUGCUGUUCGUGUUAUUGAAAAAGCACUUGAAAAAAAAGAAAAUCAUGUACCUGAUAUGUUAUGUUUAUGUGGUAGAAUAUAUAAAGAUCAAUUUGUUGAAAGUCGUCAUACUGAUAAAGAAAGUUUGAAGAAUGCAAUACACUGGUAUAGAAAAGGUUUUGAUGUACAGCCAAAUGAAUAUGCUGGUGUUAAUUUAGCCACUCUACUUGUUAUUGCUGGUAAUGAAUUUUCAAAAAGUGAAGAGCUACAACAUAUUGGUAUGGUUUUAAAUAAUUUAAUUGGUAAAAAAGGUAGUUUAUCAAGUUUAAAAGAAUACUGGGAUGUUGCAACAUUUUUUGAAAUAAGUGUACUUGCUGAAGAUUAUACAAAAGCAAUACAAGCAUCUGAAUGUAUGUUUAAAUUAAAACCACCAAAUUGGUAUCUUAAAUCAACAAUUGGUAAUAUAUCAUUAAUUGAUAGAUUUAGAAAAAAAAAUGAUGAUAAUGAUCCAACACCUGAAGAAAAAGUAUUUAGUUUUUGGAUGGAUUAUUUUGUUGAGGCAACUAAAACAAUGAUUGAUGAUAGUAUUAGAUUUCCAAUAUUAGUACUUGAACCAACAAAAAUAUUAAUGCCAAGUUAUGUUAAUGUUAAUCUUGGUGCUGAUGAAAAAUCAAUUAAAAUAUGGAAUUUAUGUUUAGAUAAUUUAAAAAAUAAUUGUAAACAAGUACAUGAUUGGUUAUUUACAGCAAAUAUGAUUAGAAGUGUUAGUUUAUAUAAACGUGAUGAAAGAUGUUUAUUUUUAUAUGUACAUGAAAAUUCUGAUGAUUUUCAAAUGUUUUUUCCAUCAAUACAAUGUCGUCAAAAAUUUUAUGAUUUAGUACUUGAAAUGACAGCUGAUCAAGAGGGUAUGGUUACUGAUUUAGAUGCAUAUAUGACUGAUGAUAGAAUGAAAUAUGAAUAUGAAUUAGAUGAUCAAAAUAAAAAAAUUAUAUUGGGUAAAGGUACAUAUGGUGUUGUUUAUGCAGCAAGAGAUUUAAAUACACAAGUUAGAAUUGCUGUUAAAGAAAUACGUGAACGUAAUCUUGGUGAUGUACAGCCACUUCACGAAGAGAUACAACUACACAGUCAACUUAGACAUAGAAAUAUUGUACAGUAUCUUGGCUCAGUAUCAGAAGAUGGAUUUUUUAAAAUUUUCAUGGAACAAGUACCUGGUGGUAGUUUAUCAGCAUUGUUGAGAUCAAAAUGGGGACCACUUAAAGAAAAUGAAUCAACAAUAUCAUAUUAUACUAAACAAAUUCUUGAAGGACUUAAAUAUCUUCAUGAUCAAAAAAUUGUUCAUCGUGAUAUUAAAGGUGAUAAUGUUUUGGUUAAUACCUAUAGUGGUGUUGUUAAAAUAUCUGAUUUUGGUAUGUCAAAAAGACUGGCUGGUUUGUGUCCUUGUACUGAAACAUUUACUGGUACAUUACAAUACAUGGCACCAGAAGUUAUUGACAAAGGACAACGUGGUUAUGGAGCUCCGGCUGAUAUUUGGUCAUUAGGUUGUACAAUUGUUGAAAUGGCUACUGGAAAACCGCCAUUUAUUGAACUUGGUUCACCACAAGCUGCUGUUUUUAAGGUUGGCUAUUAUAAAAUUCAUCCAGAAAUUCCAUCAGAAUUAUCAGAACGUGCUAAAAAUUUUAUACUACGUUGCUUUGAACCUGAUCCUGAUGUAAGAUCAUCUGCAUCUGAACUUUUAGAGGAUCCAUUUUUAACUGAAAAAAAAAAAAAUUCACGACUUGCAGCACCACCGGAUUUUAGUAGAAGUGUAUCAGUACCCGGUGAACGUAUUGAACGUCUUGGAAAAUACGAUAAAGCAAAUAAUCAAGCUACAAGUGCAUCAGGAAUCCAAGCAUCACAAUCAGAUGACAGUAGUAUGCAUAGCGGAUCAUUGAAAAAAUCAGGAAAAUUGAGAGAUCGAAGUCCAGCUCAUCUACUGUCACCAAUCAGUAUGCCAAAUUCUUCUUUAUCUUUCAACAGCACAAUUGGUAGUAGUCCAUCAAUUGAUACAAGUGAAACAGAUACUGGAUGUUGUUCAAUGACACGUCGUAGUUCAUCAGGUGGUUUAUUAUCACCAGAAGUUGAAUUAAAUAGUCAAACAGAACAAAAAUUAAUUGACGAUCAAGAAGGUUUUUAUUUAUUAAAAAAAGAUAGUCAACGUCGUAUGACAUUAACACGUGUACUUAGUCAAGAUGAAUCAAAAAUAUGUCAAGUUUGGCUACGUAAUAUACAUCAAGAUGUUGGUAUAACAUUAUUAAAUAUGUCACAUCUUGAAAAAUUAAUGAGAGGAAUACGUGAUUAUAUAUCUGAUCAUAAUCAUGAAUCAAUAAUAAUAUCAUUUAAAUUAUUAAAAGAUGAGCUAGAUUUUAAUUCAACAACAAUUAAUCAUUUACAUUUAGCAAUAUAUUUAUUUCAAACAGCUGUUAAUGAAGUUUUACGUUUACAUAAUAUUAAACCACAUUGGAUGUUUGCACUUGAUAAUUUAGUUAGAAAUGCUGUACAAACAGCAAUAACUGUUUUAUCACCAGAACUUGGUGCUGGUCUUAUUGAACAAGACAGACAAACAAAUAAUAAUUCACAAAUUAAUGAAGAUGGUUCAACUUCUGGUGUAUCAACAAUUAAUUCAAUCAAAUCACAUAAAUUAAUUGAUCAAAAAUAUUGGCAUGAGUAUAAAGAACAAAUUGGAAAUUUAAAAAUUGAUAAUAAUAAAUUAUUACAAGAACUUGUUGAUGGACAAAAAAUUUUUAAUAAUAUUAUUAUACAAAUUAUUGAUGAACAAAAAAAACAAAUAGAAAUAUUAAAUCAAUUUUGUCAAGAUAUUAAUGAAAAAUUUACAAACCAAAAAUCAGGAUGCAGCAAUACAAGGGCUUCUCAAGCACCACUUGUUCCACAAAUAAGUGUUACUGAUCAUAAUUCAACAAACAAAAAAAAUGACUGUAAACUUGUACAAUGGCUUCAAGGACUUUCUAUUGAUGAUGCAACAAUUGAAAAAUUUAUUUAUGAAGAAUACACACUUGAUGAUGUACUACUUCAUAUUACUCGUGAUGAUUUACGUAGACUCAAUCUACGAGGCGGUGUUGAACUCAAAAUAUGGAUGGCAAUAAUUGCACAAAGAAAAAAUUAAUAAUUACCUAACAAAAUUUAUUAUUUUUCUAUUUUUUUUUUCAUAAUAACAAUCAAUUUAAUAGUAUUUCUUUGUUUUGUACAUAACAUAGUAUAUUUAUCGAUGAAAAAAUUCAUUGCAAUAAUUAAUG